GUGGUAAAGGGGGACUGAGCGGGGCCUCGUUUGGCUCCGCGGUGCCGGCGCACGGGGCUGCGGGUGGGUGGUUACUGAAGGCGGCCGGCUGGCAUUGUGGGCACAGAGCCCAGGCUGGGCCCCUGCGUUGCGGCCUGGACACCGGAUCCGGCAAGGCGUGGAGGAAAAACUACCUGAAUACUUCUCUAGUUCUUGUAAAGGGGUGAAAAGUGCCCUCUUGGCUACCUGACUCAAUGGGAAGGAAGAAUUUUUUCAUUCCACCCAGCUGGACCACUAGAUUUCACCACACUUGCCUGUGACCGCUCCUGUGGGAUAAGCUGAGACUGAAGCAUCCAGCAGUGGCUUUCACAUCUUUACCUGCCACGAUGAAAAGUUGCAUAAGAUCUUCGCUGAUCUACAUGUAAUCAACAAAUUUGUCAAACUCCCGUGUGAUCUACAACAUUCACAAGUAGACAAAAUGAAGCUAAAGCAUACUAUCAAUCCUGUUCUUCUGCAGUUAAUAAACUUCAUAAUAUUGGUAUACUCAUUUAUAACAUACAUUCCAUGGUACAUACUAUCUGGCUCAAGACAGACCAUAGCAAAAUCAAAACAAAUUAAGGCUAAACCUGUGAAAAACAAACCUGGUAGUCCAUACAGGUCUGUUAACAGUUUGCAUUGCUUAGCUUCGGUUUUAUAUCCUGGAUGUGACACACUUGACAAAGUUUUCAAGUAUGCUAAAACUAAAUUUAAGGACAAAAAACUUUUAGGAACACGUGAAGUCUUAAAAGAGGAAGAUGAAAUCCAGCCCUCUGGAAAAGUUUUUAAAAAGGUCAUCCUUGGAAAAUACACUUGGCUCUCAUAUGAUGAAGUCUAUGUUAAAGCUACUAAUUUUGGAAAUGGCUUAGCAGUAUUGGGGCAGCAACCGAAGACUAACAUUGCUAUCUUCUGUGAGACUAGAGCAGAGUGGAUGAUCGUCGCACAGGCCUGCUUUAUGUGCAGUUACCAACUUGUUACACUGUAUGCUACUUUAGGAGGCCCAGCAAUAGUACACGGACUAAAUGAAAGUGAGGUGACAACCAUCAUUACUAGUAAAGAACUGAUGCAAACAAAAUUGAAGGAAAUUGUUUCUCAGGUUCCACUAUUGAGGCAUAUUAUUACUGUGGAUGGCAAACCAACAACAUGGUCAGAAUUCCCCAAGGGUAUCAUUGUUCACACUAUGGCUUCCGUGCAAGCAAUGGGGGCCAAGGCAGAUAAUGUAAGCAAACAGCAAGCCAGGCCUAUACCCUCAGAUAUUGCAGUAAUCAUGUACACAAGUGGAUCUACGGGACUUCCAAAAGGAGUCAUGAUUUCUCAUUGCAACCUUAUUGCUGGCAUAACUGGGAUGGCUGAAAGAAUUCCUCAUUUGGGGGAAAAAGACAUUUAUAUUGGAUAUUUGCCUCUUGCUCAUGUUCUGGAAUUAAGUGCUGAACUUGUUUGUCUGUCUCAUGGAUGCCGUAUUGGCUACUCAUCACCCCAGACAUUAGCUGAUCAGUCCUCUAAAAUAAAGAAAGGAAGCAAAGGAGAUGUUACUAUGCUUAGACCUACGCUAAUGGCAUCUGUACCAGAAAUCAUGGAUCGGAUCUACAAAAAUGUCAUGAAUAAAGUGAACGAAAUGACCAGUUUCCAAAGGAAUCUGUUUAUAUUGGCCUACAAUUACAAAAUGGAACAAAUUUCAAAAGGCUAUACUACGCCACUUUGUGACAGCCUUAUUUUCCGGAAAGUACGAAUGCUGCUCGGUGGUAAAAUUCGCACCCUACUAUGUGGAGGAGCCCCACUUUCUGCUGCAACUCAGAGAUUUAUGAACAUCUGUUUCUGUUGCCCUGUGGGACAGGGAUAUGGACUAACUGAGUCAGCUGGGGCUGGAACAAUCACUGAAGUUUGGGACUACACUACAGGGAGAGUAGGAGCACCUUUGGUUUGCUGUGAAAUCAAAUUAAUGAACUGGGAAGAAGGUGGAUAUUAUAAUACUGAUAAACCAUAUCCUAGAGGUGAGAUUCUUAUUGGAGGCCAAAAUGUGACCAUGGGCUACUACAAAAACGAAGAACGAACCAAAAAAGAUUUCACUGUGGAUGAGAAUGGACAGAGGUGGCUCCAUACUGGAGACAUUGGGGAGUUCCAUGCAGAUGGAUGUCUAAAAAUAAUUGAUCGUAAGAAAGAUCUUGUAAAACUCCAGGCAGGAGAAUACGUCUCUCUUGGCAAAAUUGAGGCAGCUUUGAAGAAUAUGCCACUGAUAGAUAAUAUUUGUGCAUAUGCAAGCAGUUUCCAGUCUUAUGUCAUUGCAUUUGUUGUGCCAAAUCAAAAGGAGCUUACAGAACUAGCUCGGAAGAAAGGAUUUAAAGGAACCUGGGAAGAGAUCUGUACCAGUGCUGAAAUGGAAAAAGAGGUACUGAAGGUAGUAGCUGAAGCUGCUAGCUCAGCUCGUCUGGAGAAAUUUGAAAUACCAAUAAAAAUUCAUUUGAGCCCUGAUCCUUGGACUCCUGAGACUGGGCUGGUGACAGAUGCCUUCAAAUUAAGACGCAGAGAGCUUACAUCACACUACCAGGUGGACAUUGAUCGAAUGUAUGGAAAAACAAAAUAAUUCUUUUCCUGUGCUUCUUUGCUACAGUGAGCUCAGAUCAAAUAGGAAAUACUUGAAUCUCGUGUCUCAGUACUUGAGACCAACACACACAAACACCAUUCCUCAUUUUCAGCUUAAACUGUUACUUCUGAUAACAUCAGCAUUUUUACCUGUCAGGAUUAGUAAAAUGUUAAGGCAGCAAACUUGUGUCUGUCUCCUUUUUUCCAGUAUUCUCUGCUACCCUGUCAAUAUGUGGAUUUUCCUGAGUUCUUUUGGGAAACUGUGAUUUUGAAGCCUCAAGUUUUUAAAUAUGAUUUAUAAAUCCUGUAUAAUGUUCUGUUUGCAACUUUUUAAAGUUUGGAUGUAUAGGCAGAUAACUUGGCUAUGUAAGAAAUGGUUAUUCUGGGGGCCUUUUUUAUAUAAGUAUUUAAAUAUAAAAAGUGAUUGAUGUGAAAUUAUGUAAUCUGAAAAUGCUUAUAACUCAGAUCACUGUUGGACGGAAGACCAGAUUAUUUGUUGCUGUGCAAUUGUUCUUUGUAAAUUUAAGAAAGAAAAAGUCUGACAUUCUGACUUGUGAAAUACACCUGAAAUAUGUGCCUGAUGGUUGAUCCCUAAAUAUUUUAUUUUUUUUCCUAAAAAACAAAGGUGGGCAUGGCACAGCACUGUAUAUAAGCAGACAGCCCUGGAGAAUAUGUUGUUUGAGGCUUUAUUAAUGCAAAAUUUAACACACCAAAAGCUACAUCUGUGAAUAAUCUGUCUAAUAUUGAAAUUCACUUUUAAAAUAUCUUCAUGCCAUUUUGUACAGCAGUUAUAUUGUUUAAAACUUGUGAGAACUUUUAAGUGUUAAGUAAAAUGAAUUCAGAAAGUUUGCUGGGACUUCAACAAAAUCAUCUCUUUUCUCAUCAGCCUUACAUACACAAUUCAGGUUUUCUGUUUUGUUGCUUGUAAAUCAUUGAUAAUAGUCAAGUUCAAACCUAGCUGCAGCCCAAAUCUUUUGGAGGGAAAUUUCUUAAAGGCCUAACUGUCCAGUUACGUACCAGUUGGAAUUGGGUAACUAACUGCCAUUUGUGCCUUUGAAAAUCUCCCCCUAAAUUAAUAAUUUCAUGUUCUUUUGUUUAUAAACUUUUUUUCUUUGAAGGCAAAUGUCUGAAGUAUUGUCAGUUAAGAGUCAUAUUUAUUUUAUCUGCUUGGUUGUUUAAUUGUUGCAACCAAAUUCUUGAGUUAGUUGAUUAUAAAUAGUCCUGUGAAGCUUUCAUUUUGAGAGUUCUGGGUGCUAGCUAGGUCUAAAGUGGGAGCCUCUAGAUUGGUUUCAGAUAUGUAUUUUAUUAUUAGUUUUUUAAUAUAUUAAUUUAGAGAAAAUAUUCUGAUCAGGGUCACAUGAGAACAUGGAAAGCCAUACAUCAGUAAAUUUUGUGAUGGACCAGAUAUUAAAGGGGCUUUAAUUUGCUGAAAUGUCUUUCCUCAUAUGGUAUAUGUAAUUACAAUGUAAAAAGUCAGGUCUUUAUGCUCGCUUGAUGCAAUAGUUUGAUAACAGAGCAUUGGCUGUACAAAAGACGUGCAGUACCUAAAACCACCCUUUUCUGCUGUUAGCAUUGGUAAAACUUUAACUUGGGAGUUUUAGGAGAAGGUUUCACACAAACUCUGAUGAAAAAAAUUAAUUCUGAAGUAUAUGAAAAUUAACACUCUGUGCAGUUGUAUAGGAGACCAAAGUCAAGUAGGUUCCCUGUGCUGGUGAAAGCUGAAUGUAUCAUACCUAGUUUCAGUCACUUAAAUAAUGGAAGAGUGAGCUGUAUUUUUAAUAGCUCUUACUGGAUUGCAAUGGAUUUGCACUAUUGUUGGUGCUGGAGAACUCUGCACAUUUUGGUGAGGUUUGGUGUAUUUAGUCAAAUGGAAUUGUCAGAAUUAAAAGGGGUUCAGAAUCACAUUUGUAUCAGAAAUGAGGUAAUGAGGCUGUUGUAAUCCAGGCUAUACAUCAUAUGAAUCUUAAGGAAGUUAUAAAUACAUGAUAGAUAUAUACAGAUAAGACUAAACUAGGAAAGUGAUGGAUUGAAGAAUGGGAGCGCAUGAACUGCCAAGUUCAAAGGAAAAGUAUCAUCCUGUUUUAGGUAUAGAAAAAUGUUUAAUAAAAUAUGGAUUUGCACUCUGUCAAAUGGCAUCAAGAAGCAAUAAGGUUCAUAAAUAGAGCCUGCAUUUGAAGCAAACGAUAUACUUUGCUCAAGGUUAUAAAUGUUUUUUUUUGUGAUCCUAGAAAAACAAAAGUAAUCCAAAAUAUGGCUAACAAAAUAUGUCCAGCAUCUCAAGACCACUGGUUGUACUCUGUAGUAUAUUAAUAAAAUUCUAAAUUUGAUUAAUCCAGAAGAAGAAUUCUGAAAGAAAUAGUAUUUUAAAGUAUACUGUUAAGUUCUUAAAUGCACUUUGGAUAAAUCACAGAAAUGAACAGAUAUUUUAGCAUUAAUUUGGAAAUAAGUCUUCACUUUCCUUCCAGCUCUGCCAGAAGGUUGGGCUGUAAUCUAACUCUGCAUCUGUUUUUCAAUCCAAUUUUCUUUUCUGAUGUGCUUUUAAGUUGAUGUAGAUUAAUAGUUCCAGUUUUUGUUGAGAUCAGAUUGGUUUUGUAAAAGAUAAAGCUUUUGUUUCCUUUAAGUGCAAAUAAACCAUUAGAACAAUUUUAAAGAGAAAAAGGCCUUUGAAUUUUUGGGUGGGCCUAAAAAACAUUUUUUGUUAAAUAUUAUUAUCCUGUCUCAAAGAUGGGGGAACAAAUGGCCUGAUCCUAUGAGGUUCUGAAUAUUUGCAACUCCUGUUGAAGUCACUUGUGGGUACUCAGAUCUUCUCAGGAGCAGGCUCUAAGGCAGAAAAGUUAUGUUAAAUGACCAGGGCCACAAAAGGUGCCCGUGUCAUAACUGAAAUUAAAAUGCACGUGUCCCUUGUGAUUGUAGAACAUCGAGCAAUGAUACCUCUUGGGUGCUUGAGCUGUCACCAUCUUUUCAUCUUGUGAUCAUGGGCCAUGCUAGCUGCUUAGCAGAGGAACAAUUCAAUUGGGAGGCAGUUCACGGGAACCCUAAUGGUAGCAGCCUACAUGACACCAGACUCCAAUUAUGAACUGGUCUUGGGGCCUUUUUUCUCAGCCCCCAAAAGUGGAAAAAAAUCUAGCAACUUGAUGGAAUGGAUUUAGUCUCCACAUUUUUAAGGUUCUCAUAAUAAGAAUAUGGGAUGGAAACUGCAGCUGAGAGUCUAUUCUGGCCCUAAAAGUUGGCUCUUGAAAAGAAGCAUCUUGACAAGAGGCAAUUUAAAAUUCCUAAAAUUCUGAAUCGGUGGGCUAGUAGUGAUCAUUAGCUACUUAUCCCGAUGUGAAAAUGUACAUAGCAAUGAAUUUUGAAUUGCAUUAUAAAAGAGGACUAAGGACUGGAAGAUGAAUAGUUGGCACACAUCUUCUGGUGUUACGUUUUGAAAUGCUUCAUGACUUUAGAUUGACACUUCAAUCCAGAUGUCACAAGUGUUUUUUACAGGGAAUAAACUAAGCUUUUCUGGGUGUGGUUAGGCAAUUAAAAAUUAGAGGUCAGAAAAGACCUGGCAAGUUUACUGAUGCUGUUACUAUUGCAGUUUACAGAAAAAUUUGACUGUACCUCAGGGGGAAGCAGUGUCUUCUCAGCAGUAAAACAUUUUGCUGAAGUUGAAGUUAAAAGCUGUGUGCAAUUGAAACUAAAAAUAUAGCACAUAGAUACGUGCUAUCAAUUUUAUAAAUAGGAUGAAGAUAAAUGUAUGGAAUUGAAACCCUACAUAAAAACAUCCUACAAAGCUUGUAAAUUUAGGUAGAAACUGCCACAGGGGAUAAGCAUCCAUGGCAGUUAAACUUUUAUAUCUAUGCUGCUGGAAUUCGCAAGCUUUUAUUCUGUAUUAGAACUCCACUUAGACCUUGUGUUGCAGCAUUUUUUUUUAAUAAAUGUGGUGUAUUCAUUCGAUUGAGCUUCUAAGAAAAUUGUAUACAUCUGUGUCUUCCAUAGUAGUAAGAGGAGAGGUCUCUUUAAGUUUGUACACAUUAGACCAGUCUGAAAAUGUAAUUGAAUCACCAGUUGUAUAUUACUAUGAUUGGUUAUUUAAUGCAAACUCAUUUUCAAUGUCAUCUUGGUUUGGUUGUUAAUAUGAACGUCCUGAAAAAGUGUAUAUCAUAACUGAUUUAUAUUGUAUGAAUUAUUUAUUUGUAAUUGGACAUUAAGUUUCAAAAAUAAAGAGAGGUAAAAUUGAGUUUCACAAA